CAUAUACUUUGUGUGUUUCAAAAUAUGUAUAUUAGAUAUAAAUAUAUAUAUAUAUAGUAUCAAGUCCUCAGAAUGGCGACUAUCAUCUCUUAGGAGAAAAUAUAUUCCCGCCUAUAAAAUUUAUUGAGGAACAGUUUAAUUGCUUCUUUAUAAGUUAUUCUAAUUACUACAUCUUAAAAUGAUUAUAGAGAAUCCGGAACAAUUUAAGGCUUGGCUGACAGCAGUUUUAGAACCACUGUGUGAUGCUGAUCCAGCUGCUUUAGCUAAGUAUGUUUACGCUUUAGUCAAAAAAGAUAAAACGUUAGAAGAGUUGCGAGAAGGAAUGGUUGAACAAUUGGAUGUAUUUUUGCAGCACGAAACUAAAAAAUUCGUCGAUUUGCUAUUUAAAACGUUAGAGACUCAAGAGUAUUUGCUACAAACAUCGCAAGUCAAUACGACUGGACAAACUUUAUCUCCAAAGUUAAAUCCUUCAGAUCAGGCAUUAUAUUCUCAAGAAUCGAUAGAGCCAAUUUCAACCCAGUUACCAUCUAUUACGAAUCCCACACUGUCAGUACAAUUGAACGGUUCUACAACUAUUCCGAUGUCGAAUAAAAGAGAAUCUCGGAAGUCUGAAUCAGAAAAAGACGAUAAAGAUAAACGACCAAAAAGCCGAGGUCGAUUUCGAUCUCGAUCAAGGUCACGGUCAAGAUCGUGGGAGAAAGAUCGGCGAAGAUCAAGAAGUAGAGAACAUCGUAGAGAUCGAGAACGCGAUAGAAGUCGAGCGUGGAGAAACAAAUCACCACCAUCAGCAGCUAGGCGACAUGACCGGAGACGAAGCCGAAGUCGUAGUUCAUCGUCAUUACGAAUAAGGAUGCGUGAAAUUGUCGAUAGCCGCGAUCACAGACUGCGAUUUCGCAAUAGAUCACCCACACCAUUACGUUCAAGAUCACGAUCUAAAUCAACUGAGAAAAAAAAUUUAGACAGGAUAGAAAGAUUAGUUGAUAUGAGCAGAUUAGAACGCAUUGAUAAUAGCCCAGCUGGUACACCAACACAAGAUAGUAACCAUGGGGAUAUCGAUAUGAGAUUGUCUACCACAAGUCAAUCAAUUCAGAGUGUUGUUGCCGUAACAUCUAAUAUUUCUAACAAUCAGACUGGAGGAUUUUCCCUUAAACGACGCUGCCGCGAUUUUGAUGAGAAAGGAUAUUGCAUGCGUGGAGAUCUCUGCCCUUAUGAUCAUGGGACUGAUCCUGUUGUGCUUGAAGAUGUGGCGCUUAGUCGAGUCUUGACUUUCGGACCUCAUGGUGCUCAAGCUCCAGGUACUGAUACAGUCGCUCCAAUACCAGAAUCAUCUUUAGGACAAAAUGGUACUGUACAGCCACCUCAUGUUCCGCUAGCUAGCUUACCACCUCCUCAUUUGCGAAAUCAGCCCCACUCUAAUAUGGAAUACAAUCCAGAUGCUCCAAGUAUGGAACCAAGAAUACCAUGGAGUCGACAUCAACCAAAUGUUGGAAUUUACGGCCGUGGCGAACGUGAGUUAAUACGAGUUCCCGUAAUUCCACACAUACAUCCACCGGAGACGACUCAUUUACAAACAACUAAUUCACUCAAGCGAAAACAAACUUUUGAUUUCAACCGACUUGGUCCUAAGCAACGUGUAAAUCAUAAUUCUGCUAAUUGUUCUUUAGAACUCAAGAAGGUUCCUCGUGCUUUGAACAAUAUUACGCAAUUAAAUAAUCAUUUUUCCAAAUUCGGUAAAAUUGUAAAUAUUCAAGUGAAUUUCGGUGGAGACUCUGAAUCUGCUCUUGUAACAUUUCAAUUGCCAUCUGAAGCAAAGGCUGCAUAUCGAAGUACUGAAGCAGUGUUAAAUAAUAGAUUUAUUAAAGUUUUUUGGCAUAACAAUGCUAAUAGUAAUACUGCAUGUAGUGCUAUCGAAAAUGUUCCACCUGGAUGUCGUCCAUCUGUUAAAGAAAGACUCGGUGCUGCUGUACCUUUAUCGAUUAAACUAGAAGAAAAUGAAUAUGUUCCUACCCGUCGAUCCAAUGAUGAUCAUCAUGAACAAGAAGAAGGAGAAGGGACGCAGCAACAACAUCAACAACCAAAACAACAACAACAACAACAACAACAACAACAACAACAACAACAACAACAGCAACAACAACAAGAACAACAACAACAACAACAACAACAACAGCAACAAUUACAACAAAAACAAAUAAUGUCAAAUCAUCUAGUUCCUUCUCAACAAGCUAAACCAAUCAUUUUUACCCGGGAAGAAAAAGUCAAUGCUAUUAAAAAAACACAGGAAAUAUUGGCUGUUAAAGAAACACUAAAAAAAAAACAAGAGGAAAAACGUAAAGAAGCAAUGAAAAUAACUGCCGACCUUCGAAAACGAAAACAAGAACUUUUGGAUAAAAAUUUAAUGGAAAUUCGUACUUUAAUUGAAAAAGCAGAAAAAAAUCCAGAACAGAAAGAUGCAAUAAUGGCAACAAUUAAAAUCAUACAACAAUCGAUUGAUCAACUACGUAAAGAUCUUGCGGUUAAUGGACAAUCUGGAGUAAAAAAGUCAUUAGUAAAAUCUCGAGAACAAACACAGAAAGAAAUACUCGAUGCUGAAUUGGAUCUUAUGACGGCCCAUCAGGAAGGUCAAGAUGCGGGUGAAUUGCAAAAAAGGCUGAAUGAAUUAAGAGCUCAAGCUGCGGCAUUAGGUAUAACUACGAGUAAAACUGCGAGUAAAAAUGUGAAACCAACUCGAAUAAUUCGUGGUGGUCAUACAUUAACAUAUCGUGGUCGAAGCAAUUAUAUGCAUGUUUCUGUAGAUCAUCGACCAACAAGUCUUCUGGUAUCGGGAUACGAAACAGAAGAAAAAAUGGAAGUCCUUACUCACUUUCAGCAAUUUGGCAAUAUAAUUAAUCAGUUAGUUGACGAUGCAACACCUUCUAUUGUACUCAACUUUAAGUCAAGAAAAGAAGCUGAGGUUGCAAUGUUGAAAGGUCGUACAUUUCAGGACAGGUUGCUUUCUGUUACAUGGAUUUCAACACAUCAUUUACACCGUGGUGGCUUGGGAGCGGGGAUAAAUCCUAAUUCUCAUUCAGUUGUUUCUGUAUGUUCAGAUCAAGUACAAAUUCCCGAUGAAGAAGUAGAUGGAGAGAGUGCCGCUGAAAUAAUGUUAUUAGAAGAAAAUGAAGAAGAGGAAGAAGAAGAUGGAGAGUCUAGAAGUUGGCGACGAUAGCAGCACUCUAAUCGAUUGUGACGCUUUAAAACAAGUUACUUAUAGAUUUACUGUGCUUAUGAGAGAGCAUGUAUUUACUUCUUACGUCAUCAUUGUAACAUUGAAUGAACGUAUAUCAGAAUUUACGCUCCUUAACUUUUCAUAAGGAUUCGUGUGUGAUAGGUUGGAAUAAACGUUAUGGUAAUUGUUACAUUAAAUGUAUUUAACGUUGUAAUGGUAGCCUAAAAUUCUAUAUAUAACAAAACUUGAGCAUUGCAAAGAGAAUAAAUAUACUGUGAAUGUUUGAAAAAAGUCAAUGAAAAAAUGAAUAUCGGAAAAAAAGAAAAUAAUCUUCUUGAUUCUCCAAUAAAAUCACUAUGUUUUGUAUAAGAUUAAUACAAAUUAUUGUUCCAUUUUUAUCAAAAUCCUGUCGUGAAAUUUCCAAGAAUUGAUUUAAUAAUAAUAUAUUUUGCAACUAAUAACAAAGUUAUUCCAGGUAUCCACGUCCGUUUUUACUCUAGCUGAAAUAUGUUAUUCUACAUGAACGUUUUAAUUUACUAGACUGUUCCUAUCUAUGAGUCUAAUAAUAAAUAAAGUCACAACUCAUUGCAUUAU